AUGGUCAUUGUCAUAAAAGUUAUAUUUACAAGAGGAGGCCUGUUGCUCUUUACAACAGUCACCAGUGAUACAGUAAGCACAGGAAACAGACAGGCUUUCACCAAUCCAUCCAAGUUCUCCUUCGACUCAUUAUUCCAAGAAAAGGCUGCUUUUGCUCCAUGGUGGUCUAACUUGGUUGUGGGAUUAGCAGACAGUGCAAGUGGUGUGUAUUACAAAGAGUAUUCUUCUACUGUUCCAACUGAAAAUACUGCAAUGUUGGCACAGAAAAGUGAUUUCAAUACUAACAAAGGAGGUUUUAGCAUGAAUGCUCCAAAGCACAUGAUUGUGAUUACAUGGAACAAAAUGGAACUGAGCAAAAUUCCACGGAGUCCCUCUGAGAUUGUAACCUUCCAGAUGGUAAUGUUAUCAGAUUAUCAAAACACCUAUGUCAAGGUCAUAUAUAAUGACCGAGAAAUGACCUGGGAUGUAUUGAACUCAGUUGGAAAUUACCCAGUAAGGAUUGGAAUCUUGAAGCAGAAUGAAACUGCAGAAGAAUAUCCACAGUCUUACCUUGACCUGCUGUCAAAACCAGAGGACAAAAACAAAAUACAGAAGAUUGAUGAAGUCAUUCCGACAGGACUUGUUGGAGAUGUCACAUGGAGCAGAAAAGGGUUUUCAUAUUAUCGUAUCUCCAAGUCAGUGGCCCCAGCUCAUCCAGGUCUACAAUGUACUACUUAUAUUGAAAGUCAGAAGUUGAGUCAGAAAAACCCACAGAAAGCAGUUGUGACAGCAGAUGUCAGCAAAUGUCCACCAAGUCUGUUACAGACCACAGACUCAUUUAAGACAUUCACAAGUGCAGGAAUUCCUAGUUCCAUGACCUGCUAUGCCAAGCGAAGUGCUUUGUCAAGUACGACCCGAGAUCAACGCAGCCAACGUUGUUGCUACGACAAAGGAAACAAAGGGUUGAUUUUAGACCCUACACUUGCCAAAGGAUUUAACAUAUACAUGAUUGGAAAGCCGACUUCAGCUGAACAAAUUUCAGCAGAUAAGAACUUUGGCAUUUGUUGUAAUGCUGAAAAUAGUUAUGCUUCAAGAGAGGACCUUUGUGCUAAGUUUGUGGAGGUACUGCCUGUAUGCACAGCUGAGAACUUUGUGGCCAGUGGAGCAGGUGGUGCCUUGGGAGAUCCACAUUUGACAACACUAGAUGGUUUAUCCUUCACGUUCAAUGGACAUGGAGAAUUUGUACUGAUGAAAGCAGCAGAUGUUGAGGUUCAAGGACGAUUUUCACCUCAGAGGAAUGCUGCGGGUGUGAAGAGUGCUACAUUUAUAAGUGCAAUAGCAGGAAAACAGUCCAAUCCUAACAGUGAUAAAGUGGAAUUCAGAUUGAAUUCUGCAGCUACAGAUGCAGAAAUCCUAAAAAAUGGCGCAGUUCAGUCUAUGGAUUUCUCUGGAGGAGCCGUGGAUUGGAAUGAAGUGUCAAUCACAAAAGCAGUCAGCAGCAGCAACAUAACCACUUACAAAAUGAUCUUUAGUGGAGGACUGACAGCAGGUGUACAGCUUAAUAAUGCAAUGUUUCAGCUGGUCAUUUCAGCAUCUUCCAGCUACCGCAGUAAUUUCACAGGACUCUUGGGCAACUUUGAUGGUUCAACUAGUAAUGACUUUACUUCACCAAAUGGAAGUGUCACACCUUCUGACUCAGUCGAGAGUGUCGUUUACACAUACGGAGUGAAAUGGCAAAACAAUGUGAACUCUACUCUGUUUACGUAUGGUGGAAGUCCAAACAACACUAACUGGGCUAGUCACGUAGAUACAGCUUACACCCCAGUCUUCUUCAAUGCUAACCUGACCAUUAUGUUUCCGGAUCCUGCCAAGAAAACUCAAGCCAUCAGUGCUUGUAACAAAGGGGCUUCCACGGAUUCUGAUCCAGAAAAGCGCAGGGAAUGUUACUUUGAUUUCAAGGUUACAGAAAAUGCUGCUUUGGCUUCAGCUACCUCUGACACCAAGACGGCUUUAGCAGAAACACAGUCCACCCUUGCCAACUAUCCACCAGAGAUAAAGAACGGCAAUGUUACAAUCCAGGUAUCGGUUGGUGGUAAUUUCUCACUACAGCUAGUGGCUGAGGAUCAAAAUGAAGGGGACACCAUCUUUUUCCUUUUGAAUAGUGAUGCUCCUUCUGGAGUUAAAGUGGAUAAUGCAACUAAAAGACUGACCUGGAUCAAUGUUCCGGACAGUAACUCCAUGUCUAUCCAGGUCACAGUGUCUGAUGGGAAGGCCCAGUCUCUGUGGACUCCAAAAAUUAAAUUGUGCAAGUGUAAGAAUGGUGGUACGUGUGGCUUCAAUGUUGACAGCAGUGACCAGUUUUUCAUUGUUCCCUGUACCUGUGUGACAGGAUAUGAUGGUAACUUUUGUGAGAAUGACCAGGAUGGUUGUGCAACCAAUCCCUGCUGGCCAGGAGUGGACUGUACUGAUGUCCUUGCUCGUGAUCUGUCCAGCACUCCAGCUGGAUUUGUCUGUGGUUCCUGUCCAGUUCAUCUUGAUGGAGACGGAAUCACUUGCUCAGACAAGGAUGAGUGUGUGGUAAACAAACCUCCCCCAUGUAGUCAGAACUGCACCAACAUUGCUAAUGGUUACACCUGUUCCUGCAUAUCUGGGUAUAUUUUGGGCGGUGAUGCCCGAACUUGUCAAGAUGUUAAUGAGUGUCAGACAAAUACGGACAAAUGUAACAAGGCCACCACAACUUGUAGUAACACUGUGGGUUCCUAUACCUGUAACUGUAAGACCGGUUACUCCAGGGACACCCAAUAUGCUUGUACAGACAUCAACGAAUGUUCAUCCAAUCCCUGCCCCGCUAACUCAAGAUGUCAAAACACUGUUGGCAGUUACACGUGUACCUGUAAUUUUGGAUAUGAGAAAAACACCCAGACCAACACAUGUGAUGACAAGGAUGAGUGUGCAGGUUCCAACAACUGCCAGCAGAAGUGUGUAGAUGGUGUGGGUACCUACACAUGUGCAUGUAACACUGGGUAUCGUCUCAACGAAACAGAUUUAGUCAGCUGUUUACCUGAAAAUGUGUGCACAGCACAACAAAGAGCAACCUGUGAUGGUGGUAGCGGCCGAGCAACAUGUGCCGUGUCUAAUGGCCAGGUGUACUGUACUUGUCCCAACGGCUAUGCCCUCAAUGCAACAAAAUACUGUAUAGAUAUUGAUGAGUGUGCCACUAAUGCUGAUGUUUGUGUUGAUGCCAAGAGUGACUGUGUCAACCAAGUAGGGGGAUACAAGUGUCAGUGUAAAUCAGGAUACCGGGCACUCAACAAUUUCAUCUGUGCAGACAUUGAUGAGUGUGCAUCAUCAAGCAGCAACAACUGUACAAGUCCUGCCACCUGUCAGAAUAAUGAGGGAGGUUAUGUGUGCACAUGUCCCUCAGGCUACUCUAAAUCGGGUCAAUAUGGCUGUAGUGACAACAAUGAAUGUGCUUCAGUUUCCACCAAUUCCUGUGAUAGACAAUAUGGAACAUGUAGUAACACCCCAGGAGGCUACACUUGUUCAUGUAACAAAGGCUUUACUGGAAAUGGAUUUGUGUGUGCAGAUUUGAACGAGUGUGCAUCAAGUUCAACAAACAACUGCACCCAGACCUGCUCAAACAGCAUUGGAGGCUACACUUGUUCCUGUCUGAGUGGCUACACAUUGGCAGCAGAUGGAUUUACAUGUAACGAUGUAAAUGAAUGUAAUAUCACUAGUGCCAAUGGUUGCUAUAGCAACAACUUUUGUACAAACACUCAGGGAAGGUAUGCAUGCUCCUGUCCCACUGACUACCGCCUUAAAGGGGACGGAAGAACUUGUCAAUCCAUUUAUCAGUGUGAAAGUAACCAUGGAUGCAGCCAUACUUGUGGAAGAGUUAAUGGGAUAGAUACUUGUUCUUGUCCCACUGGUAUGGUACUAGAUAGUACUAACAAAACCUGUGUAGAUAAAAAUGAAUGUGCCUCAGAAGCGGACAACCUGUGCAGAAUUGCCAACAAUGUGGUCUGCUUGGACACUAAUGGUUCUUAUGUCUGUAACUGUGUCAACAGUUCCUAUGUCAAAACUCAGCAGACUGUCUGCACUGAUGCCAAUGAAUGUACACUGGGCACUGCCAGCUGUCCCGCCAAUUCUCAGUGUGUCAACAAGGAUCCAGGGUAUGAGUGUCAAUGUGUAUCAGGCUACUCCAAAGUAGGGGCUCUAUGUCAAGAUAUUAAUGAAUGUGCAGGUGCCAAUGAUUGCCACGCUAAUGGCACUUGUACAAACACUGCAGGGGGAUACACUUGUGCCUGUAAUGCAGGGUUCUCGGGGAAUGGCAGAGUAUGUUCAGAUAUUGAUGAAUGUGCUCUCAAUACCCAUAACUGUGACAGUCGUGUGGCGAGAAGAACUUGCACAAACACUAUAGGGAGCUUCACCUGUGGCUGCCGAAGUGGGUUCCAGUUAGCUGCUGAUAAACAAACUUGUAAUGAUGUGGAUGAAUGCACUGGAAAUCAUGGCUGCCAACAAGUGUGCAGAAACAAUGAUGGUGGAUAUGAAUGUGCUUGUCAGACAGGAUAUAGACUCACUGCAGACCAAAGGAACUGUAUUGUGGAAACUGAGUGUGAGUCAGUCAAGAAAGCCACCUGCUUGAAUCAACAGUGUGCCAAGGUGAAUGGUACUGAUACUUGUCAGUGUCCUACCGGCUUCCAACUGGCAGCAGAUGGGACCUCAUGUAACGACAUCGAUGAGUGCAAGGCCUCCCCUUGUUAUGCUACCAAUAGUAAUUGUACCAACACUCAAGGAGGAUACAACUGUUCUUGUACAAAUGGCUACAUUCUGGGACCCAACAAUGUGUGUAAAGAUCGUAAUGGUGGUCUUUCUAACUGGUCUGUUUGGGGAAACUGUACCAAGAAAUGUGGCAAUGGAACCCAGACGCGGACAAGGUCCUGCACUAAUCCGACCAAGGAGGGAUUCGGCGCUGAUUGUACUGGCGAACUUUCACAAACCCAAAUUUGUAACACAGAAGUCUGUCCUACUGAACCCCUAACUACCACAACUGUGGCUGCUGAAACAACUACAACAGUUGUACUCCUGACAACUACAAUUGAAACACCAAUCAAUGCAACUUCAGCAAUAGAAAAUGCAACCACACCAGCUACAACAGAUGAUAUAACAACAGAUGAUGAAACAACAACAGUACCUUCCAAUGUAACCUCUGAGCCAAAUAUGACAGCUGAAGCCAGCACAACAAUUGUCCAACUAACCACCACGACACAAGUUCCAACCACCACAGAAGAUGUAUGUCUUAAUGUCACCUGUCAGAAUGGUGGAGUUUGUGUUCGAGAGGCUGGCAAAGCUGCUUGCCGUUGUGAUGGAAACUAUACUGGAGACCAAUGUCAAUAUGCUAAAGCAAAAUAUACUUCAUGGUCUACAUGGGGUGCAUGUGACCAGACUUGUGGAGAUGGUGUCAGAACACGGACACGCAACUGCACUGACGUCACAGGAGCAAACCGGGGCAUGGACUGCGGAAAUGAUCUGCAAGAGGAAAAGGCAUGCGUAGGUCUACCAAAAUGUGUUGUGACGGCCAAUCCUUGUGAAGCAGUCAUCAAUCCAUGUUUAACUGAUGGUGUGUUGCAUACUUGUCGUGUACGGUCGGGAGGGAAGUUCAAAUGUACAUGCAAAGAUGGAUUUGUCAAUGAUGCUAACGGAGUUUAUUGUGUUAAUGAAAAUGAAUGUAAUAAUGUCAACAAUGACUGUAAAGACGUCAACACAAAAUCCUUCAAAGUGGGCGUGUCUGGAUGUAGGGACACUGUAGGGAGCUAUGAUUGUGUAUGUUCCAGUGGGUUUACCUACAACAGUACAAAUAGGGCAUGUAAUGAUAUUAAUGAGUGUAUCAGCAGUGACACCAAUAACUGUGACAUUUCAACCAGAGCGACCUGCACUAACACACCUGGCAGUUUUACCUGUGCUUGUAAAGCGGGAUACCAAGGCGCAGGAACCACAGGAUCAUGCAAAGAGAACCGAUUGCUUAGUUUUGUUAACCAUACAAAGCUCUCAUCAUCCGAUGCCUAUUCCAAGUAUUUCUUCCCACAAUACGCAAUAACUGUCGGAUCUUUCCUGUAUCCAUCAUUUUAUUUUACAAGAGGAGGCUUGUUGCUAUUUACAACAGUCACCAGUGAUACAGUAAGCACAGGAAGCAGACAGGCUUUCACCAAUCCAUCCAAGUUCUCCUUUGACUCAUCAUUCCAAGAAAAGGCUGCUUUUGCUCCAUGGUGGUCUAACAUGGUUGUGGGAUCAGCAGAUAGUGCAAGUGGGGUGUAUUACAAAGAAUUCUCUUCUACUGUCCCAACUGAAAAUGCUGCAAUGUUGGCACAGAAAAGUGAUUUCAAUACUAACAAAGGAGGUUUUAGCAUGAAUGAUCCAAAGUACAUGAUUGUGAUUACAUGGAACAAAAUGGAACAGAGCAAAACUCCACAGGUUCCGUCUCAGAUUGUAACCUUCCAGAUGGUAAUGUUAUCAGAUUAUCAAAACACCUAUGUCAAGGUCAUAUAUAAUGACCGAGAAAUGACCUGGGAUGUAUUGAACUCAGUUGGAAAUUACCCAGUGAGGAUUGGAAUCUUGAAACAGAAUGAAACCGCAGAAGAAUAUCCACAGUCUUACCUUGACCUGCUGUCAAAACCAGAGGACAAAAACAAAAUACAGAAGAUUGAUGACGUCAUUCCGACAGGACUUGUUGGAGAUGUAACAUGGAAGAGAAAAGGAUUUUCAUAUUAUCGUAUCUCCAAGUCAAUGGCCCCAGCUCAUCCAGGUCUGCAAUGUACUACUUAUAUUAAGAAUCAAAAGUCAAACCAAACAAACCCACAGAAAGCAGUUGUGACAGCAGAUGUCAGCAAAUGUCCACCAAGUCUGUUACAGACCACAGACUCACUCAAAGAAUUCACAAGUGCAGGAAUUCCUAGUACCAUGACCUGCUAUGCCAAGCGAAGUGCUUUGUCAAGUACGACCCGUGAUCAACGCAGCCAACGUUGUUGCUACGACAAAGGAAACAAAGGAUUGAUUUUAGACCCUACACUUGCCAAAGGAUUCAACACAUACAUGAUUGGACAGCCGACUUCAGCUGAACAAAUUUCAGCAGAUAAGAACUUUGGCAUUUGUUGUAAUGCUGAAAAUAGUUAUGCUUCAAGAGAGGACCUUUGUGCUAAGUUUGUGGAGGUACUGCCUGUAUGCACAUCUGAUAACUUUGUGGCCAGUGGAGCAGGUGGUGCCUUGGGAGAUCCACAUUUGACAACACUAGAUGGUUUAUCCUUCACUUUCAAUGGACACGGAGAAUUUGUACUGAUGAAAGCAGCAGAUGUUGAGGUUCAAGGACGAUUUUCACCUCAGAGAAAUGCUGCGGGUGUGAAGAGUGCUACAUUUAUAAGUGCAAUAGCAGGAAAACAGUCCAAUCCUAACAGUGAUAAAGUGGAAUUCAGAUUGAAUUCUGCAGCUACAGAUGCAGAAAUCCUAAAAAAUGGCGCAGUUCAGUCUAUGGAUUUCUCUGGAGGAGCCGUGGAUUGGAAUGAAGUGUCAAUCACAAAAGCAGUCAGCAGCAGCAACAUAACCACUUACAAAAUGAUCUUUAGUGGAGGACUGACAGCAGGUGUACAGCUUAACAAUGCAAUGUUUCAGCUGGUCAUUUCAGCAUCUUCCAGCUACCGCAGUAAUUUCACAGGACUCUUGGGCAACUUUGAUGGUUCAACUAGUAAUGACUUUACUUCACCAAAUGGAAGUGUCACACCUUCUGACUCAGUCGAGAGUGUCAUCUACACAUACGGAGUGAAAUGGCAAAACGACGAGAACGCUACUCUGUUUACGUAUGAUGGAAGUCCAAACAACACUAACUGGGCUAGCCACGUAGAUACAGCUUACACCCCAGUCUUCUUCAAUGCUAACCUGACCAUUAUGUUUCCGGAUCCUGCCAAGAAAACUCAAGCCAUCAAUACUUGUAACAAAGGGGCUUCCACAGAUUCUGAUCCAGAAAAGCGCAGGGAAUGUUACUUUGAUUUCAAGGUUACAGAAAAUGCUGCUUUGGCUUCAGCUACCUCUGACACCAAGACGGCUUUAGCAGAAACACAGUCCACUCUUGCCAACUAUCCACCAGAGAUAAAGAAUGGCAAUGUUACAAUCCAGGUAUCGGUUGGUGGUAAUUUCUCACUACAGCUAGUGGCUGAGGAUCAAAAUUCAGGGGACACCAUCUCUUUCUUUUUGAAUAAUGAUGCUCCUUCUGGACUUAGUGUGGAUAAUGCAACUAAAAGACUGACCUGGAUCAAUGUUCCGGACAGUAACUCCAUGUCUAUCCAGGUCACAGUGUCUGAUGGGAAGGCCCAGUCUCUGUGGACUCCAAAAAUUAAAUUGUGCAAGUGUAAGAAUGGUGGUACGUGUGGCUUCAAUGUAGACAGCAGUGACCAGUUUUUCAUUGUUCCCUGUACCUGUGUGACAGGAUAUGAUGGUAACUUUUGUGAGAAUGACCAGGAUGGUUGUGCGGCCAAUCCCUGUUGGCCAGGAGUGGACUGUACUGAUGUCCUUGCUCGUGAUCUGUCCAGCACUCCAGCUGGAUUUGUCUGUGGUUCCUGUCCAGCUCAUCUCGAUGGAAACGGCAUCACUUGCUCAGACAAGGAUGAGUGUGUGGUGAACAAACCUCCCCCAUGUAGUCAGAACUGCACCAACAUUGCUAAUGGUUACACCUGUUCCUGCAUAUCUGGGUAUAUUUUGGGCGGUGAUGCCCGAACUUGUCAAGAUGUUGAUGAGUGCCAGACAAAUGCCGACAAAUGUAACAAGGCCACCACAACUUGUAGUAACACUGUUGGUUCCUAUACCUGUAACUGUAAGACCGGUUACUCCAGGGACACCCAAUAUGCUUGUACAGACAUCAAUGAAUGUUCAUCCAAUCCUUGCCCUUCUAACUCAAGAUGUCAAAACACAGUUGGCAGUUACACGUGUAUCUGUAAUUUUGGAUACGAGAAAAACGUGCAGACCAACACAUGCGUCGACAAGGAUGAGUGUGCAGGUUCCAACAACUGCCAGCAGAAAUGUGUAGAUGGUGUGGGUACCUACACAUGUGAAUGUAACACUGGGUAUCGUCUCAACACAACAGAUUUGAUCAGCUGUUUACCGGAAAAUGAAUGCACAGCACAACAAAAAGCAACCUGUGAUGGUGGUAGCGGCCGAGCAACAUGUGCCGUGUCUAAUGGCCAGGUGUACUGUACUUGUCCCAACGGUUAUGCCCUCAAUGCAACAAAAUACUGUAUAGAUAUUGAUGAGUGUGCCACUAAUGCUGAUGUUUGUGUUGAUGCCAAGAGUGACUGUGUCAACCAAGUAGGGGGAUACAAGUGUCAGUGUAAAUCAGGAUACCGGGCACUCAACAAUUUCAUCUGUGCAGACAUUGAUGAGUGUGCAUCAUCAAGCAGCAACAACUGUACAAGUCCUGCCACCUGUCAGAAUAAUGAGGGAGGUUAUGUGUGCACAUGUCCCUCAGGCUACUCUAAAUCGGGUCAAUAUGGCUGUAGUGACAACAAUGAAUGUGCUUCAGUUUCCACCCAUUCCUGUGAUAGAGAACAUGGAACAUGUAGUAACACCCCAGGAGGCUACACUUGUUCAUGUAACAAAGGCUUUACUGGAAAUGGAUAUGUGUGUUCAGAUUUGAACGAGUGUGCAUCAAGUUCAACAAACAACUGCACCCAGACCUGCUCAAACAGCAUUGGAAGUUACACCUGUUCCUGUCAGAAUGGCUACUUGUUAGCAGCAGACAAAAUCACUUGUAAUGAUGUAAAUGAAUGUAACAGCUCUGCUUCCAAUGGGUGCUAUAGCAGCAGCUAUUGUACAAACACUCAGGGAAGUUACACAUGCUCCUGCCCUUCUAACUUCCGCCUUAAAGGGGAUGGAAAAACUUGUGAAUCCAUUUAUCAGUGUGAAAGUAACCAUGGAUGCAGCCAUACUUGUGGAAGAGUUAAUGGGAUAGAUACUUGUUCUUGUCCCACUGGUAUGGUACUAGAUAGUACUAACAAAACCUGUGUAGAUAAAAAUGAAUGUGCCUCAGAAGUGGACAACCUGUGCAGAAUUGCCAACAAUGUGGUCUGCUUGAACACUAAUGGUUCUUAUGUCUGUAACUGUGUCAACAGUUCCUAUGUCAAAACCCAGAACACCAUCUGUACUGAUGCCAAUGAAUGUACACUGGGCACUGCCAGCUGUCCCGCCAAUUCUCAGUGUGUCAACAAGGAUCCAGGGUAUGAGUGUCAAUGUGUAUCAGGCUACUCCAAAGUAGGGGCUCUAUGUCAAGAUAUUAAUGAAUGUGCAGGUGCCAAUGAUUGCCACGCUAAUGGCACUUGUACAAACACUGCAGGGGGAUACACCUGUGCCUGUAAGGCAGGGUUCUCAGGGAAUGGCAGAAUAUGUUCAGAUAUUGAUGAAUGUGCUCUCAAUACCCAUAACUGUGACAGUCGUGUGGCGAGAAGAACUUGCACAAACACUAUAGGGAGCUUCACCUGUGGCUGCCGAAGUGGGUUCCAGUUAGCUGGAGAUAAACGAACAUGUAAUGAUGUGGAUGAAUGCACUGGAAAUCAUGGCUGCCAACAAGUGUGCAGAAACAAUGAUGGUGGAUAUGAAUGUGCUUGUCGGACAGGAUAUAGACUCACUGCAGACCAAAGGAACUGUAUUGUGGAAGCUGAAUGUGGGUCAGUCAAGAAAGCCACCUGCUUGAAUCAACAGUGUGCCAAGGUGAAUGGUACUGAUACUUGUCAGUGUCCUACCGGCUUCCAACUGGCAGCAGAUGGGACCUCAUGUAACGACAUCGAUGAGUGCAAGACCUCCCCUUGUUAUGCUACCAAUAGUAACUGUACCAACACUCAAGGAGGAUACAACUGUUCUUGUACAAAUGGCUACAUUCUGGGACCCAACAAUGUGUGUAAAGAUCGUAAUGGUGGUCUUUCUAACUGGUCUUCCUGGGGUAACUGUACCAAGGAGUGUGACUCAGGAACGCAGACAAGAUCAAGGACCUGCACUAAUCCGACCAAGCAGGGAUUCGGGGCAGAUUGUACAGGGGCACGUUCACAAACCCAAAAUUGUAACACACAACUCUGUCCUCCUAAUGAAGUUGAGAAGAAAUAUGGUAUUGUUCUGCAAUUCAAUGGACUACCUGUAUCAGUGUUCACAAUAAGAGUGAGAGGAGAAUUCCGUAGUACAGUAGCUUCUAGUAUAAACAGUUUCUGUAAUACAAACAAUGCGAACCUGAGGCAGUGUUGCAACAGCGCAUCCACUUAUGUGCCCAGCACCUCUAGUCCCAAGACAUACACAACUGCUGAGAAAAUAGCAAUUGGCAGUGGUUAUCCAAGGGACGUACUAGGUGUGACCCAGAUUAUGCUCAUUGUCAAAUCAGACCGAAACAAUGCGCUUUGUCAGGCCAGUAAGAAGCGCAAAAAGCGCGCUGUAUCUCUUGGUGCAAAUGAAAUUGCUAUUCCACAGGCUGCAUUGGCAUCUAUCAUGAGUUCUCCAGCAAUAACUCAAGCUGUUGUGUCCAAUAUUGUUAAUACAGUUAGAACAGAGACAGGAAGAACUCUAAACAUCACAGCUGCACCAAUUCAACUAGUCACUAAUGAUACCAACUCCAUUCCAUCCACAACACCGAUUUCAAGUUCAUCCGUCCAACCCCUCGGUGCCACCACUCCUGGGGUUACUGUUUCAGGGGAGGGACCUGAAGGCUGGGUUGCAGCUCUUGCUGUCAUUUUCACACUUGUUGGUGUCGUAAUCAUUCUACUACUUUUGUUCAUUUUCCUCAGUCGGUCAGGCAUGAUUCCUGGAUUACCAGGGAGUGGGAAAAAGGGCAAAGAAGUAGAUAACGAAGCAGGAGAUAUCAAAAUGGAGGAAUCUCCCAAACCAUUAGAAUCUGAGGAACGCAAGGAGGAAGAGGAAAUUGGUGAGGGAUCUGGAGCCAAGGAAGAGGAAAAAUUGGAUGACAAGGAAGAAGAGAAAUCAGAUGAAAAAGAUGAGGAAAAAGAGGAAGAGAAGGAUGAGGAAAAGGAAGAAGAGAAGGAUGAGGAAAAGGAAGAAGAGGAGGAUGAGGAAGAGGAGAAGGAUGAAGAAAAGGAAGAAGAGAAGGAGGAAGAAGAGGAGAAGGAUGAAGAAAAGGAAGAAGAGAAGGAUGAGGAUAAAGAAGAAGAGAAGGAUGAGGAUAAAGAAGAAGAAAAGGAAGAGGACAAAUCUGAAGAGGCAUAGGAAGCAGGAGAUUCAUAAGAGGAUAUGUUUUAAAUGUGAAGUAUUUCAAAUUUGAAUAAAGAGCAGUAUGAAAAUAUGUUUAGAUUUUAAGGACUGAAUUGAAUUCAUGGAGUGACAGUAAAAGUUAGUGAAUCGGGUGAUGUAGAAAGUAUUUAAUUGUUGUUAUAUUCUUGUAUCUGCAAUGAAUUGUUUGUGAAUAAUAUUGAAUUGACACAGUGUGUACAUAAUGGCAUUGUGUGAAUGUUCAGAUUGCCAAGAUGUGAUAAUUUAUAUAUGUUAUGUUGCAAACUUGCAAGUCCAUAGCAAAAUGAAUAUGAUUUUACCCAUGUAAGUUCAUGUAUAUUUACAUAUUUAAAUAAGUGUGAUUUAAAGAAAUUAGUGCCUUUAAGUAUGUUUUGAGCAAUUUAAAUGUAUAUAUGCAUAAAUAGAGAAGAAUCUCAUAGUUUAUUCAGAUAUAAACAGAAAAAUUUCAUAACAAUAGUUGCUAGAAAUCAUAUGAAUUUGACUUUCUGUUUGUACUUGAAAUUCAAUCAAUGAGUGUUCUUCAAAUCAAAAUUAAUCUAUAAUGCAUGUUUUCAAUGAUUUACAAAAUGAAUUUUACUGCACAUUGUUGAAUAUUGCAAAUCUGUUAAUAAACAUACUGGUAAAGAAA